CCCCAAUUCGAUCAAAUCAAUCUCCGGCCACCGCCGAUUCUUCUAUGUCGACCUCGGGGACGCCGCAGUUCAGGUACACGCAGACGCCGUCGAAGGUGCUCCACCUCCGCAAUCUCCCUUGGGAAUGCGCCGAGGAGGAGCUCGUCGAGCUCUGCAAGCAUUUUGGGAAGAUCGUCAACACCAAAUGCAACGUCGGCGCCAAUCGCAACCAGGCCUUCGUCGAAUUCGCAGACCUAAACCAGGCCAUAAAUAUGGUAUCGUAUUAUGCGUCGUCGUCAGAGCCCGCUCAAGUUCGGGGGAAAACAGUUUACAUCCAGUAUUCCAAUAGACAUGAAAUUGUGAACAACAAAAGCCCCGGAGAUGUUCCUGGGAAUGUGUUGCUGGUUACCAUCGAGGGUGUUGAAGCUGGUGAUGUCAGCAUUGAUGUCAUUCACUUGGUGUUUUCUGCUUUUGGGUUUGUGCACAAGAUUGCUACUUUUGAAAAGGCUGCCGGCUUCCAGGCAUUGAUUCAGUUCAGUGAUGCUGACACUGCAUCUGCGGCGAGGAACGCCUUGGAUGGAAGAAGUAUACCCAGGUACUUGCUUCCAGAGCAUGUCGGUUCAUGCCAUUUGCGUAUCUCGUAUUCUGCACACACUGAUCUGAACAUCAAGUUCCAGUCACACAGAAGCAGGGAUUACACGAAUCCAUACCUACCUGUAAAUCCCACUGCAAUUGAGGGAGUUGUACAGCCUGCAGUAGGUCCUGAUGGAAAGAAGAAAGAGAUGGAGAGUAAUGUGCUUCUGGCUUCCAUUGAAAAUAUGCAGUAUGCUGUGACUGUGGAUGUUAUUCACACGGUAUUUUCAGCAUUUGGCACUGUACAAAAAAUUGCUAUAUUCGAGAAGAAUGGUCAAACACAGGCAUUAGUUCAAUACCCUGAUAUUGCUACCGCAGCCGUUGCCAGAGAAGCUCUAGAGGGACACUGCAUAUAUGAUGGUGGCUAUUGUAAGCUUCAUCUAUCAUACUCUCGUCAUACUGAUCUCAAUGUAAAGGCUUAUAGUGACAAAAGUAGAGAUUAUACAAUCCCAGAUGCUAGUUUGCUUGCGGUGCAAUCUGGCUACCCUGCAGCUCCUGCAGCUUGGCAGAAUGCUCAGGCUUCGCCAGUGUACCAUGGAAAUGAAUAUAGUGCUGCAGCAGCUGGACCGGCUGAAGGUCCUCCUGGAGGUCCUCCCGGACAAGUGCCAUCAUGGGAUCCAAACAUGCAAGCUGGCCGACCAUCGUUUGUUUCUGUUCCCAGCACCUUUCCUGGUCAGAUAUAUCCCACAUCAUCAGGUGGCCCGGUAUAUGCCUCAGCACCAAUGCCUCCGGGCUCAUCACCAAUGCAUCAGCCAGGUGCUCCACCGCAUAUGCGACCAGGUGGUGCGUCACCCCCAGGUGUUCGACCUCCUGGUGCUUCACCUUCUUAUUACGGCCAAUCCUGAAUAAUGGGAUGUAUUUUUCUCCACCUCUUAAACCUAUAUGCUGGUUAUUGCUGGCCCUAUCUUUUGAGUUUUUGGUGGUAAUUUGUCGGGAAUUGGAAAGAAUUUACAUUCCAAAUUCAAUUUGCAGUGCCCUGCUUCGACUAGAAUCUAUUGUGAUUUAAGUCUUGAUUAUGACAUUUGAUUCAGUAUUUUACAAAGAUAUCCUCAC